AUGGAGUCGGAGGCCUCUCUCGGGACUUACGCGGUGAUCCCAGUCAAGGAAUCGGCUCCACGUUGGUGCUUUGGGGCGGCUGUGAACAAAUGCCUGUCCAGCCCCUGCCGGCACAAUGCAGCCUGUGAGAGUGUGCUGCAUGACUACCUGUGCCACUGUCCCCGAGUGCCCGUGGCGUUCACAGGGAAGGACUGCGACGAGCUGCUGGACGCUUGUGCGUCGAGCCCCUGCCGGCACGGCGCCACUUGCAAGAGCAGCACCUUGGGCACGCCUGCCUUCACCUGCCACUGCCCGCCUGGUCGGACAGGAGCCGACUGCAAGACCCAUGCCGGCGGAUGCGCCAGCCUCCCCUGCUUGAACGGCGCCACGUGCGUGGACGAUGGCGCUGGUUACAGUUGCGUCUGCCCGCCGGGCUUCACAGACACCGACUGUGGAGCCCACCUGGGUGGGUGUGCGCCAAACCCGUGCCAGAAUGGUGCUGUGUGUCGGGACAAGCCCGGCAGCUUCUCCUGCUUCUGUGUGCCCGGUUACCAGGGCGGGCUGUGUGAGAUCGAAGUGGAUGAGUGCGCCUCGGAACCCUGCAGGAACGAAUCCACCUGCCUGAACAAAAUCGACAAGUACCUCUGCCUCUGCCCACCUGGUCUGACAGGCACUGAUUGUGAAGUGGAAAUCGAUGAAUGCUUGUCGCAACCUUGCUUGAACGGGGGCCGCUGCCAGGAUGACUUUGCAGGCUACACCUGCAGAUGUGCUCCAGGGUACAUGGGCAGCAUCUGUGAAACAGACCUCGACGAAUGUGUGAGCCGCCCCUGUCAGAAUGGAGGGAGGUGCAUUGAUGAAGCCAAUGGGUGCUGCCUUUUGUUUGCUGAUACCAGGUACAGAUGCGAGUGUGUACACAGCGGUUACACAGGUCUGCACUGUGACAUCCAUGUCCCAGGCUGUCUUUCACAUCCCUGCCUCAACGCCGCCACCUGCCAGGACAUUGCUGGGAAUUACACUUGUCACUGCCUGCCAGGUUUUACGGGGCCACAGUGUGAGACGACUAUCCAGGAGUGUAGCAGCAAUCCAUGUCUACACGGGGGGCAGUGUGUGGAACUCACCUGGCUGAAGGUGUAUGGAAACGCCACCGACGUGCCUGCAGUCUCCAGCUCUGAGCGUGAUUCCGGCUACAUCUGUAAAUGCCGGCGUGGAUUCACAGGUUCCCACUGUGAGAUCGAUGUUGGCGAGUGCGACUGGAAUCCUUGUCGGAAUGGAGGAACGUGCCAGAAUAUGCAGGAGGGAUACAUCUGCCACUGCCCAGCAGGAAGCGAACAAGGGGUGUUAUUCGGAGGCCAGAACUGUACAGAUAUUCUGACUGGCUGUGAGAGCCACAAAUGCCUGAACAAAGCAACAUGCAUCCCUUACCUGCUGGAUACACAACCCAGGCACCGCUGCCUCUGUGCGAACGGCUACACUGGCACGAACUGUCAACUGUCGACAACCUUCUCUUUUGCUGUCAGCGGCUAUCUUCGUUUUAAAACAUCAAUUACCAGGAAAAAUGAGUCAGCGGCAAACACACCUCCCUAUCGCAUAUUCCUAAGGUGUAGAACCAUGCUGUCCAAUGCAGUCAUUUUCCACCGGGGGAACAGAGAAACAUUCAUGAAAUUGGAAGUAGUCGAUGGGCAUUUAUCAGCGUUGCUGCAAGUAAGGAAUCAGCCACUUGCAACCCUUGAGAUCUUCAAGGACAUGAGCGAUGGGGAGUGGCACACUGUGCAAGUGACACUCAGCAGUCAUUUUGCUGUCAAACUGCUGGAUAGUUCCUGUGCUGGAGAAUGCAUGGUCCUGAAGCCUCUAGAGAUGGAGAGUGGGCAACUUUCCUCUGCAUUUGAAAACACAUCCUUUGGUGGUACGCUGGAUGUCCAUGGAGAUGAUCCAGGAGCGACCCAGCCCCAGACUUGGCCACAUUUUAUUGGCUGCCUUCAGGACGUGACAGUGGAAUGGAAUGUGCUAGAGCUGGGCGCUCUCACGGCUGAGGCGGCCCUGAAUGUGCAGCCUGGUUGCAGCGAGAGUGAUCCGUGCCAGGCGGAUCCGUGCCAAAGCAGGGGCCAAUGUGUCGAUUUGUUGAUAAAUUACCGCUGUGAUUGUUUCCGCCCAUACGUCGGAUUGAACUGUUCUGAAGAAUUAAUCGCAGGUAGAUUUGGCGGUGAAGAUUCCAAAGGCUACGCUUUGUUUACCAUUGAUGACGAUCCAGGAGAGGAAGUGAACAUAUCCAUGUUUGUUCGUUCCCGCAAACCAAACGGUCUGUUACUGAUGCUGAGGAAUAGUAGCGUUCCGUACCUUCAGCUGGAGUUAGACGCUGGACAUGUGGUGGCACAAUCUCCUCCGUCUCAACCUCUCACCAGUCAUCACUCCAUUACCGACGGCGACAUCUAUCUAAUAACUGUGGAGAUAAAACAAAACCAACUGAAGCUGGUCGAGUCGGGUCGAGUCGUAGGACAUGUUCCAAUUCCCCCAGUUAGAGUGCAGGCUGGUGAUGUGGCUUUGAUCGGAGGCCUGCCAAAUCAGAUGGAACUUGCCCAAGACGCAAGUUACUUUGAAGGAUGCAUCCAGGAUAUAAAAAUCAACAACAAGAGACUUGAGUUUUAUCCCAUUGCAGUCUCCGGGGAGUCUUACAGUAACAGGAAAUUAGUAAAUAUAACAAGUGGUUGUGCUGGAAACAAUACCUGUCAGUUCAGCCCUUGUUUGAAUGGUGGCGUCUGCUCGUCCAGCUGGGAUGACUUUGUCUGCUCCUGCCCUCCGAAUACCUCUGGGAAAACCUGCAGCCUGGUGCAGUGGUGUCAGCUCGACCCUUGUCCGCAGGGUUCACGAUGCCACUUGCUUGGAGAUGGGUUUGAUUGCCUUGUUCAUGCCACGUUCAAAGGAGAGCAAAGCUUGACAUUCAGAGGGAAUGGCAAAAUUAAGCGGGAUCUCACCAACAUUACUUUCAGCGUUCGAUCGAAGGAAUCGAACGCCGUCGUGCUCCACGCUGUGAAGGAUCGAGACUUCAUCACCAUCGGCAUCCAGCAGUACCAUCUCAUAUUGAUGAUAGGUGGUGGAAAGGGCAGGGGCAACCUGAGUCUCCUCAGCUCAAAGCCAAUAAGCGAUGGUGUUUGGCAUGAUGUUACUCUGCACAUGUCCCAUCCCUCGCUUCAGCAAUCCACGUGGCAGAUGGAGGUCGACCAGACGGAUGGGACGUUGACCAGUCUCUCCGACAACGGGAACCUGAACUUCCUGAGAGAAGGAGCAGACAUUAACCUGGGCUCUGGAGGCUCAGAGAAAGCAGGCAGCUUCAGAGGUUGCUUGAACACCAUGAGACUGGGUGGGAUCUCCUUGCCGUACCUGGCAACCGAUAACGUGCGCAUUGUCAGCCCGCAGCAGGAACAGUUUAUACAACCGUCCUUCACUAGCAUAUCGCGGGGCUGCCCCGGGGAAAGUAUUUGUGCAUCCGAUCCGUGUGCAAACAAUGGCAAAUGCGAGGACAUGGUCAGUUACUACCAGUGCAGCUGCCCGAUGGGCUGGACAGGCAGCAACUGUGAAGAGGACAUUGAUGAUUGCUGGUCGAGUCCUUGCAUCCAUGGCCACUGCACGGACCGAGUCUCUGCGUACCGGUGUUCCUGCCUGCCCGGCUACACCGGCACCAAUUGUGAAGCGAACAUCGACAACUGCCCAAUGCACAGGUGUGCCAAUGGAGCUACCUGCAUCAAUGCCAUAGCUGGUUACUCGUGCAGGUGCACCAGUAACUUCACUGGAAGAUUCUGUCAAUGCGAAAUCAACAUUGAUGAAUGUGAAUCGAGCCCUUGUCUCAACGGAGGCUUCUGCCAAAACCUGCCCCACCAGUUCCAGUGCAUUUGUGACAUGAACUUCGCCGGCGACCACUGCGAGUUUGAUCUAUGGACUCGUAGGAUGGAAGAACGAUUUCUCCCUGGCUGUGGUUGGCUACUGGCCACAUUACUUCUGCUGAAGGAAGGAGUUUUGCUCGCACAAGCAGUGAAUGUAACAGACUCCACACCUACAACGAAUGCUGCUAACACAUCAACUACCAACCCGCCAGCUAGCAAAGUUAACAUUGCAGCCAUAGUGGCUCCCUGUGUCAUUGGUGGGUUGAUAGUUUUAGCUAUCAUUCUGGCUGUUGUAAUCUUGAAACUACGUGAGAAGCGUCAGACUGAAGGGAACUACAGCCCAAGCAACCAGGAGCAGACUGGAUCCCGGAUGGAGAUGAACAACGCUCUCAAACUCCCACCCGAGGAACGUCUGAUCUGACGUGUUCAGCUCCGGGACAUCAACUUGGGGAUCAAUGUUGGAAGAAGUCAACAGACCCCAGGUAUUCCUUGUGCUACCCAGCAAUUUGGGAUUAAAGAAAAACUGUGGAGCUCUGUGCAUUUCUUUAAACCACGGCAACUUCCAAAGCGAACCCCCAACGCUGGCCGUGUAUAAAUGUGUAACUGUUUUGACUCUUAGCAGGAUGUUGGUGCUUGGAGCUCAGAGACUGUGCCCUACGCAGGGCUGGUCGUCGCCAUGCUGUCGCUGGCCCUGUUUCUUGUCCUUGCCGCCACCGUCCUCGCCCUGAGCAAGAGAGCAACGCACGGAGCCUACAGUCCGAGCCGGCAGGAGAAAGAAGGGUCACGUGUGGAGAUGUGGAACCUGGUGCGACCACCACAGGUGGAAAGACUUAUCUGAGGGAGCCUUGGCCAACAUGUCCCAUGGUUUGUUGGCACAUCACUGCCCAUGCCUAGGCUGAGCACCAUCCCUUGCUUCACCCCACAAAUACUGCUUUAACAGGUAUUGAACACUUGCCGCUUUGCAUUUACUCAAGUGGGUCGCACCAGCCGAGCCCACCUUUAUUACUAAUAUCCAAUGGUGCUGGUGAACUGUCUUCUUAAACCCUGAGCAGUCAACACAGUGAUAAUUCCCUCACAGUGCAGUUAAAUGGGAGGUUAAACGAGGCAAAACUGUGGCAUGGAGGUAGAUAGCUGCUGCCUCACAAUGCCAGUCCUGGCUUUGAUCCUAACUCUGGGAUACUGCCUGUACGGAGUUUGUAUAUUCUCCCUGUGACCAUGAGGGUUUCCUCCCACAUCUCAAAGACAUACAGGUUUGCAAGUUAAUUGGCUUCUGUUCCAGCUCCGAUCAAGUUUAAUCUGUCUAUUGUGCAAAUACUUAAGAAUACUCAAAGAGCUAUAGUAACUCAGCAGGUCAGGCAGCAUCACUAGAGAACAUGGAUCAGCGAUUUUUCAGGCCGGGACCCUUCCUAGCUAUGCUUGAAUAUGUGUGUGUUUUGUUGUAAACCAGUAUCUGCGAUUCCUUGUGUCUACUUAAAAAUUCUAUUAAUAAUUGCUCUUCCUUUCCACAAAGCUGUCGACAGAAAUUGGAUCACAAUGCUAAUAUGUAUGUUAUGUGAAUACAGAAUGUACACAAAUACAGGAAUAAGCUAUGAAAUUGGACGGUUCAGUCAAGGCAAAAUGUUUGUGUACCGAUAACUCUUAACUUAGGGGUGCCUCUUAUGAAAGAGCAAAUCACAAACUGCUGGAGGAACUAGCUGGGUCUGGCAACAUCUGUGAGUGGAAUGGACAGGCGACAUUUCAGGUCGGGACCCUUCCUCUAACCGAUUCUGUAGAUGGAUUCCAACCCACAAUGUCGCCUGUCUAUUCCCUGCACAGAUUCCCUCCACAGAUGCUGCCUGACCUGCUGAGUUCCUCCAGCACACUGCAUUUUGCUCAAGAUUCCAGCAUCUGCAGUACCUUGUGGCUCCGCUGUUAAGAACGAAUAAGAUUGUCAGAAAUGGAGCUUCAAAUUCCUCCAUGAGGUAGGUGGAGUAGAAUUGAACCUAAAGCAUCUAAGCUGGGGAAGAUGCUAAAACUGUUAGCAUUUCUGUGGUUACAGAAACUUGGAGGCUUUGAGCUACAGCAAAGAUUUUCUGUGUAACUUGCCCAAGACCAGUCAAACCAGAGGCAUAAUAUGACAGAGUUAGUGCAACUUGUUCCUGUGAUCUUGGAAAUUGCUUUAAAAUUAAGAUGGAAGGAGAGAUUAUAGUUCUGCCAACAAGAAUUAACUUGAGUGUAAACAUGGGAAAGUUAAAAUCUCAAUCCUGUUACAAUGUUAGACUCAGCUUGCUCUGCAUUGUUAACAAUGAUGAAAGUUGAUAUUUUGUCCAAGAAUAUUAAUUCUAAUUUUCCAUUUUCUAAAUAAAUUACCGGUCCCCACCCUCGCUCUUUACCUUAUUGUGCACCAUAUAUUUCAGCUGGACAAGGUGGGCACUUUUCUGUUUUUUGACAUUGUUCCAGGUUCAGAUUCUUUCCAAAGUCUCUCAGUGUCCAGUCACAGUAGUGGGUGCUUCCAACACCGGCAGCCGACACCUCAGUUCUUUGGAAGAGUGAGUGUAUGUGUGCGUGUGUGCAUCGCCUGUCUGUGACUGUGUUUGUGAGUCUGUGUCUAAGUGUGAGUCUGUAAGCGUGAGAUGUGGUGUUGUGUGCGAGUGUGUGCGUGUCUGAGUGUGUGUGUAUGUUUGCAUGCAAGUCUGCGUCUGAGUGCGUGUGUCUGUGCCUGAGUGUGUCAUGUGUGAGUGUGCGUCUGUGUACCUGUGAAGCUGGGUGCAGGCUGAAGUGUAGAUGGAAGUUGAAGCUGCCACUUUUCCUGCCAAGUGGUUCUGAAUUAAAAUUAGUUAUAAAAUCAGUAGAAACAUUGGCUAAAUGUUUUUAUAACUACUACAAGUAUCGCAAAGCACAGACAUAUAUAACAUUUUAGGAUCUGAUGACACGCCAUUGUCCCAGAUAUAUAAAUUAGCCACUAGUUCCAAACGAAUUCCAUGAUGGAAUCAAGCUGAGUAGUAUCUCUACCUCACUGCCACACUAACAGAAUGGUCACCCCAUCACAUGUCCCUCUUUUCAAGCACUUUGUAUUUCUGGCUUCUUAUUUCAACUCUUUUUAACUCUCAUGAAAAUCUGAAAUUUAUUUUCAUGUAAUGGGACAGGUCAUUAGAAUUGUUGAAUGGAAUGAGAUUUCGGUCCGAAACGUUGCCUAUUUCCUUUGCUCCAUAGAUGCUGCUGCACCCGCUGAGUUUCUCCAGCAUUUUUGUCUACCUUCGAUUAAUAGUCGCCAGGUUAAUCCUUCUCCGCUGCACAAAUAUUUCAAAUCGAACGCAAGUUUAAAGUAGCACAAUGAAUGAAUGCACAAUGAAUUGAUUAUUUUGUAAGACUCAACAAGUAAAGUAUUAUGUGGCAGAAUUGCAAAACAAAAAGCAUCUAAACAGUGUUUAUCAUUCUUCAAUAUUUGAUGAAAUUUGUUUUGUUACGAUGCACAGCAUGGGAAAAGCUACUGUCAGAGUUAAACGUCAAGUCCCCAUAGAGAUAGCCAGGUCCCCACGGAGAUUAUGUCACCAGCAAUGGGCAGUGGGAGUAAAUACCAGAAGUGUAAGAAGGAUCUGCAGAUGCUGGUUUAUACUGAAGAUUGCCAGCUCAAUAUGCAUACACUUAGAAUGUCAAUGGACUUGCUUGUAGUUGAGAUUAAUUCCAAAUGUACAUGUUUGUUUAAGAUGAUUGAGAAGGCUUUGGUGCGGAUGGUAUAAUUAAACAAUUAAGACAAAUUAUAUACAGGGUUUCUGGCAGUUAACUAGACACAGAACAGCCAAUUCAAUCCACCAGAUCUACACUCCCUCAUUUGUCUUACCCUUGCAACAUGCCUCUUUUAUUUCUCCAUACAUCAAUGUGCCUCAUUUCAAUCUGGCCGUAAAUUCCACAGUCUCACUUUUAAAAUAAGGGCAUUUCCCUUGAAUCAGAGUCCUAAAGUGAUGCAGUGUGGUAACAAGCCCUUUGGCCCAACUUAUCCAUGUUGACCAACAUGCCCCAUCUCCACAAGUCCCACCUGCCUGCAUUUGACCCAUAUCUCUCUAAUCCUAUCCUAUCGAUGUACAUGUCUAAAUAUUACUGAAACGUUGCGAUAGUACCUGCCUCAACUACCUCCUCCAGCAGCUUGUUCCAUACACCUACUAUCCUCUGUGUAAAAAGGUUACCCCACACAUUCCGAUUAAAUCUCCCCCCCCCCCCCCUCCUCACCUUAAAUCCUCUGGUUCCCGAUUCCCCAACUCUGGGGAAGAAACUCUGUGUAUUUAUCUGAUCUAUUCCUCAUUCUUAUUCCUCAGUAAAAUCUUAGGUGAAUGUGUUACAAUAUGUUACGUUCCACAGGUUUUGGACUGGUCAGAAAUGGAAAUAUCAUCAUACUGAAGACUAUUAUAUUUUUUAAAUGCAUUCCUCUGUGUGUUUCCCACUUUUCCCUUUUCACAACAAGUAUGUCCUGCUCUGUUCAUCCCUUCUGAUAGCGACAUCCUCCAAUACUUUAGGUCAACCUGAUAAAACCCACUUAUAGGGACAAGCUGAGGAAGACACAAAGUUCUGGCGUAACUCAGUGGGUCAGGCAUGUUCUCUGGAGAACAUGGAUUGGUGAUGUUUCGGAUCAGGACAUUUCUUCAGACUGAAGAAGGGUCUUGACACAAAACAUCGCUGAUCAAUGUACUCCAGGCAUGCUGCCUGACCCACUGAGUUACUCCAGAACUUUGUGUCUUUUUUUGUAAAGCACCAUCUGCAGUUCCUUGUUUCUACAAAAGGGCGAGCUGUCAGGUUAUCAGGGCAAAAUAAUUUGAAAGUUCAAGACCUCAAUGUACAUUGUGAUCAUAGAAACAUAGUAAAUAGGUUCAGGAGUAGGCCAUUCAGCUCUUCAAGCCAACACCGCCAUUUAAUAUGAUCAUGGCUGAUCAUCCAAAAUCAGUUUGUGCUUUUUCCCCUUAUCCCUUGAUUCCAUUAGCCAUAAGAGCUCUAUCUAACUCUCUCUUGAAAACAUCCAGUGAUUUGGCCACUGCCUUCUGUGGCAGAGAAUUCCACAGAUUCACAACUCACUGGGUGAAAACGUUUUUCCUCAUCUCAGUCCUAAAUGGCCUACCCUUUAUUCUUAAACUGUGACUCCUGGUUCUGGACUUCCCCAACAUCGGGAACAUUUCUCCUGCAUCUAGCCUGUCCAAUCCCUUAAGAAUGUUAUAUGUGUAAAUCAAUUUUAUAUUAAAUGACACCAGAAGGAAAUCCAAACGUUCAGCUUCACAGAGUGCCAAUUUCCUCGAGAUUUUUGUUUGUAAUAUGUCUGCAACAAAUGUGCCGAUGCUACACUGUACAUUACAUAUUUUAGAAAGCUGUUUCAACUUUGGAUUUGAUUUGAUUUUUAAAACAAAAUGUAGAGCAUUUUUGGAUGUAGAUAUUUGAUGUUUAGAGCAAUUUAAAUGACUGUAAAUAAAUUGUGAAUCAGAAUAAA